UUAAUCGAGUGAGCUCACCAAUCAAAGUGCUUCCCCGCAACUCCCCACUGACUCGUUACUCCUGCACUCAGCUGUUAAUAUCCCGACAAAACUGCAGAGACGACAGAAGCAGGAGAAGCGGCUCUCUGAACCUCGAUGGACUUUCCCUCUCUUACCUCCGAAUCUUCACUUCACGAAACCCUAAACCCUCUUUUGACCCUGUUGAUCCCAUCCAAUAUCGUUCAAAGUGUUCAUCGCGACUUGAAAAUCUAAUACAGAUUCCGAGGCUUGGUUGGGGGGGAAAGAGACGAGUGUUGGAUCUCGCUAGGGUUUCUCCGUAUGUCGUCGGGCGCCGGCGAAGCUGGUGGAGCCGGCGGUCUCGAUCUCAACUUUGAUGCUGGAGCGGUACUUGAUGACCAUGAAGCUGGUGCGGCGGAUGAAGUGGAGGAUGCACCGGUUAGUAUUUGUGGUGAAUUUGUUGAGAGGGAAAGGGGGGAGAGUAUGGAUGUGGGAGGGGACGAGAAGAAUGAAUGUGUGAGAGGGAUAGCUGAUCGGGAAGAUGGGAUGAUGGGUAACGGAGAGGGGAGUGCUGCAUCUGGGCUUGAGGCACGUCCUGACGUAGGUGUGGUGGGCAAUGUUAUAAGGGAAGCUGAAGCUGAGUCUCAUGGUGGGAAGCUUUUGGAAGUGGAAUUUGUGGAGAAAGGGUGCGCAGAGCCGAUUUCUGUUUCAACAGUGGGGUUUGAGGAUGUUGUGGCUGGCAAUCAAACUAUGAACUUGGGAGAUGGAUCUGGCGAUAAUCAGAAGCGAGGUGCUGCUGUAGAUAUGGAGGGUGUGAUGGGAACUGAUGAAAUUUCUUCGACUGUUUUAGUUGGUGGUGGACGGACUGGAGAUGAAAGGUUGGAAGGAUCAGCAAUUUUGAGAAGGGAACAGGUUGAGGUUCGGGUGGAUUUGGUGGAUGGAGGUGGUGAGCUUGCAGAUGGUCAAUUAGACCUUGAAGAGAGGGUACCUGAUGCUGAGUCGUUUACCGUGAAGCUGAUUGAAGUGGACACAGGGGAGAAAGAAAUUACUGAUCCGGUUACUUUUGUAGCUGUUGACACUGGCAAUCAAGCUGCGAGAUUGGGAAACGUUUCUGGUGAUCAGAAACAAGGAAUUGAUGUGAAUGUGGAAGGCUUGGUUAUUGAUCAUCAUUUAGGCUCUGGGGAAAGGGAAGCUGAAGUUGUGUCUCACGGUCGGAAGUUUUUGGAAGUAGAGAAGAGAGAGGAAGGAAGUUCAGAGUUGGCUGUUGUUUCAACUGAAGGAUUUGAACCUGCUAAAGCUAGCAUUACUACUUUGGACUUUCAUGAUGGAUCUGGUGGCGAUCAGAAGCAAGGAACUGAUUUAGUUGCAGAAUUGGACUUGGGGGAGAAAGGAAGUGCUGACCUGGUUGCUGUUUCAACUGUAGGGUUUGAAGCUGUUGAGGCUAGCAGUCAAGCUAUGUACUUGGGAGAUGGAUUUGACAAUGAUCAGAAUCAAAUUUCCGAUGAAAAUAAAAAGAAAAUGGUCAGAACUGAUGAAGGUUUGCUUACUGUUUUAGUUUGUGCUGGUCUGGCUGUGGAUGAAAAGUUAGAAGGAUCAUCAAAUUUGAGAGAAGAACAGGCUGAUGUAGAUUUAGUAGAUGCUGGUGUUCAAGCUGUAGAUGAUCAAUUAAGCCCUGAAGAAAGGGAAGCUGAAGGUGAUUCUCUUCACAUGAAGUUGCUGGAAAUGGACAUAGGGGGGCGAGAAAGUGCUGAUCUGGUUUCUGUUUCAGCUGAAGUGUGCAAAGCUGUUGAUGUUAGCAAUCAAGCUGUGGGGAGUGAAACUACCAAUCUGGUUGCUGUUUCAGCACAGCUGAUUGAAGCUGUUGAGGCUAGCAAUCUAGCUGUAAACUUGGGAGAUGGUUUUAUUGGUGAUCAGAAACAAGGAAUUGACUUAGAUGCUGAAGGUGUCGUUAUGGAUGGUCAAUUAGACCCUGCAGAAAGUGAUGCUGAAGUUAAGCCUCUUAGUGGCAAGUUUUUGAAAAUGGACAAGGGGGGCGAAGGAAGCGCAGUGUUGGUUUCUGUUUUGGAUGAAGAUUUUCAACCUGUUGAGGCUAGCAGAAAUCCUAUGAAUUUUCAUGAUGGAUCUGGUGGUGAUCAGAAGCGAGGAACUGAAAUAAAUGAGGAAGGCAUGGUUAUAGAUGGUGAACUGGGCUCUGGAAAAAGGAAAGGUGAGGUUGAAACUCCUGAAGAAAAGCCUUUGGAAAUGGAAAUGGUGAAAAAAGGAAGCACAGUUCUGGUUUCUAUUUCAACUGAAAGGCUUGAACAACAUGCUAAAGUUUGCAGUCAAGCUAAGGAUUUGAGCUAUGGAUCCGGUGAUGAUCAGAGGCGAGGAGCUGGUUUUAAUGUAGAGAGCAUAGCUAGAAUUAAUGAAGAUUCUAUUCCCAUUUCAGUUGGUAGUGGUGGGAAGCUUUUGGAAGAUGUCUACAGUGAGAAAAGAAUUGCUGAUCCGGUCGCUGUUUCUUCUAAAGUAUUCGAACCUGUUGAAGCUAGCAGUCAUGCCAUAAAUUUGGUACACAGAUCUGGUGAUGAUCAGAGGUUAGCAGUUGGUGUUGAUGCAGAAGGCGUGGUCAGAAUUAAUGAAACUUCUGGGACAUGUACUGGAGGACCUGAGGAUGAAAGAUCAGAGCCAUCGUUCAUUUUGAGAAAAAAACAGGUUGUUGUUUGGGAUGAUUUAGGUGAUGAAAGAGAUCAGCCUGUUCAUGGUGAACUGGACACCAGGAAAAGAGAAGCUGAAUUUAAAUCUUAUGGUGGUAGUAGGUGCAUAGAAGUGAACAUGGGGGAGAAGGUGAGUGCAAAGCUGUUGGGUGCUUCAUCUGAACUGCCUGAAACUGUGGGGGCUAGUAGUGAAGCUAUGAACUUGGGAGAUGGAGCUGGUGGUGAUCCAGAGCAAAGUGUUGAUGUAGAUAUGGAGGGUCUGAUGGGAACUGAUGGAGGUUCUCUUACUGUUUUAGUUGUUGGUAAAGGGGUUGACAAUGAAAAGAUGGAAGGAUCAUCAACUUUGAGAAUGGAACAGUUUGAGAUUCAGGUGGAUGAAAGUGAUCGGGUUGUAGGUGCUCAAUUAGGCUGUGGGGAAAGUAAAGCUGAGGUUGAUUCUCAUGAAGGGAUGCUGUUGGAAUUGCACACUGGGGAGAAAGAAGGUGCUGAUCUAGUUGCUGCUUCUGCUGAAGAUUUUGAUGCCGUUGAGGCUAGCAAUCAAGCUAUGAACUCGGGAGACGGUUCUGGUGAUGACCAGAUUCAAGGAAUUGAUGCAGGUGCAGAAGGCAUGAAUCAAGAUGUUCAAUUAGGCCCUGCAGAAAGGGAUGCUGAACUCAAUUCUAUCAGCAGAAAACUUUCGGAAGUGGACCAGAGUGAGAAAGAAAGUGCAGAGCCUGUUGCUGUUUCAAGUGCAACAUUUGAACGUGUUGAGACUAGUGGUCAGGCUAUGGACUUUGGAGAUGGAUCUGAUGGUGAUCAAAAGGGGGGAACUGAUGUAAAUGUAGAAGGCAUGGCAUUAGAUGCUGAAUCAAGUCCUGGGAAAAGUGUGGCUGAAGUUGAAUCUCAUGGUGAGAAAUUUUUGGAAGUUGACAGGGAUGAUGAAGGAAUUACAGAGCUGCCUACUCUUUCUACUGAAGGGUUUUUAAAUUGGAAGGCUAACAGUGACCCUAUGAAUUUGAUUGAUGGAUAUGGUGGUAAUCAGAGGCUAGAAACUGAUGUUGAUGCAGAGUCCAUUGUCAGAACUGAUGAAGAUCCUGCUUCUAUUUCACUUGCUAGUGGAGCAGCACCUGAGGAUGCAAGGUUGGAAGAAAUAUUGAUCUCAAGGAAAGAAGAUUCAGAGUUUCAGGACAAUUUGGUGGAUGGAAUUAAUGAGGUUGUAGAAUGUGAACUGGGCACUGCAAUAAGUUUACCUGAAGUUCAAUCUUAUGGUGAGAGGUGCAUGGAUGUUGACAUGGGGGAGAAGGGGAGCACAAAGCUGGUUGUUGCUUCCACUGAACGUUCUGAAGCUGUUGUGUCUGGCAGUCAUGCUAUGAACUUGGGAAGUGGAUCAGGCAGUGAUCAUAUACAAAGAACCGAUGGAGAUGCAGAAGACAUGGCAAGGAAUGCAGAUUCUGUUACUGUUUUGAUUGUGGGUGGAACUCUGGGGAAUGCAAGUUUGGAGGGAUCACUGCCUUCUGGAAAAGAACAAGUUGAGGUUCUGGUGCAAUUGGUGGAUGGUUGUGGGCAGAUUGAAAAUGAACUUGAAUCUCAUGAUAGAAUGUUGUUGGAGGUGGACUUGGAGGAGAAAAGAAAAGAUCUGAUUGCUGCUUCAGCUGUAAGUUCUGAAGCUGUCGAGGUUAGUUGUCAAGCUAUGAAUUUGGGAGACCGAUCUGGUGUUGAUCAGGUGCAAGGAAUUGAUGUUAAUACAGAGGACAAUGUUGAUAUUUGUGAUGAUUCUGCUGCUGUUUCAGCUGGCGGUGAAGGUCCUCAGGAUGAAAGGUUGGAAGAUGAAUCAACUGUUUUGGGAAUUGAGCAUGGCGAGGCUUUGCAAAAGUUGGUGGAUGGAUGUGGUCAGGCUGUAGAUAUUGAACUGAUCCAUAGAGAAAGGACGCCUAUUGUUGACUCUCAUGGUGGGAAGUUAUUAAAAGUGGAAACUGUGGCUAAAGAAGCUGCUGAGCCAUUUGCCAUCUCAGCUGAAGGGUUUGAAGCUGUUGAGGCUUGUAGUCAAGUGAUGGACCUCGAACAUGGAUCUGAUGAUGGUCAAAAGCAAGGAACUGAUGUAAAUGCAGAGUACGAGGUAGGAACCAGUGGAGAUUAUGCUAAUGUUUCAAGUGCUAUUGGAGCGCCCGAGGAUGAUUUGGAAAGAUCAUUGCUUUUGGAGAAUGAGCACACUGAGGUUCUGCAGGAUAUAGUGGAUGGACAUAAUCAGGUUUUCGAUGGUGAAUUAGGCCCUGGAAAAAGGAAAGCUGAAGUAGAGCCUUAUAGUGAAAUGUUCUUGGAACUGCUCGUCAGGCAGAAAGGCAGUACAGAGCUAGUUUCUGUUGCAGCUGGAGGUUCUGUUACUGCUGAGCCCAGCAGUCAAGUUAUGGACUUGGAAGACGGAUAUUCUAGCGAACAGAAGCAAGAAAGCGAUGUGGGUGCAGUGUGUGUUCUCAAAACUGAUGAAUAUUCAGUUGUUGCUUCAAUUGAUUGUAGAGAGCCCAAAGAUGAGAUGCUGAAUGGAUCAUCAAAUUUGAUUAAAGAGGUCGAGUUUGGAGGAGCAACUCAUGGGACCAGAUCUUCAGCCAAAGAUUUACCCGAGUCUACAAAGAAUGAAAUUGCUGGUUAUGAUCCAAUUAUACAUGCUGCGCAACAUCAAACUGAAUUUGAUGGAGGUCGGAGGCAGGAUACCGAUGUAGGUGCCGAGACCAUGGUGGGAGGAACUGAGCAAGUAUCUCUUGCUGUUUCAGUUAGUGGUGGAGGACCUGAGGAUGAUAGGUUGGAGACUUCAUAUGAAUUUAGAGAAAAACAUGAUGAUGUUGGAGAAGAUAAUAUUAGACCUGAAACGCCAGAUACAAAAUUGGCUCAUCCAGAAAAUAUUGGAGGCAAUAAUGCUGAUGCAAUGAAAGAUACUGGGCAUGUUAAAGAACUACUUCACAGUAAGCAUAGGGAGGAUCUGGGCUCCAGAGAGGAAUUUGGUGGUGAUCAUAGGAUAGGAUCAUGUAUGGAAUCAGAUGCUGAGCCAUUGGAUUUUACUGUCGCUUGUCAGGGAGUUGAAGCUCAAGGGUUAGAGGCUGCACCAAGAUCAGAUGGUAAGCAGGUGAAAGUUAAAUGCGGUGAUGAAUCUCAUAUGGUGGAUAAAGUUGCACAUUUCCAGGAUAGUGUUGAUCGAGUGAAUCUAUAUGUUGUUUGUGAUUUGGCUGAAGGGCAUCCAGAUGAAAUGGAAGAUGAAAUAAUUCGAGACAGUGGUCACAAUCUGAGUCAAGUGAAUUCUGAGGUUCCUGCAGGGGUGGAAAUCAUGAUUAAAAAGGACUUGGCUUGUCUGCCUGUUGUUGAAGUGGAUCAUAGCAUCAUGCACUGUGCUUUAGAUGACCAGGUUCCAGGAAAUGAAGUCUAUAACCAUGAAACGGUAGCAGCAGAUAAGAAACAGGACAAUGGUUUGGAAAGUUUUCAAGGUUCAGGGCUGGUGCUCAUUGGAGGGGAGGCUGGCAUAGUUCACCAUUCUCCAGUGGGCACAGAAAGAGUUGAAGUUUUCACACAAGCCUCAUCUGUAGAAAAUGAUUCGAAGAUUUUUAAUGAAAACAAUGCUGCUGCUGGUGAAACAGUACAGAAGCUGGACUCCAUUCCUAUUAUUGAAGAGCAAGACACAGCUUUAAGACAAGUGGAUACAGUUGUUAGUGGUAAUAUCGUUGAAUGUUCUGAUGUUCCAAUGACUGCUAUGGUCCUACACAUGCCAGUUAAUGUUGAGGCGUGGAGUUCGGAUGAACAUGCAGCUGUUGAUAAUAUGGUAGAUAAAGGAAAUGUUCUUUAUGAGGAUAAUGGUCCUGUCAUGAAUGUUGCAUCAGCUGAAUUUCAAAAUGGGGAUGCACGGCUAAAUUUUGACCAUCAAAUCCAGAAAAUAGAUUCGUCAUCCCUGAUGGUUUCAUGCAGGGAAGAAGAAGCACAUGCUUCAGGUUCUCACUUGCAUAGUAAUGUUUUCAUGGAAAAAGGUUAUAGCAUCAUGGAGGAUUCUAAUUCACUUUUGGGGAUUAGCAUACCUGACUCUUCAGCAGAAUCGGCUGAACUUUCUGUUGGAUGCCAAGAUGUGCGACCUCUGAAUGUCCCUCCUAAGGAACAUGAAGAAGUAGAACCUGUGCAGGGAACCCUUCCUGCUUUGCAUACAGAGGAUAAAACUAUUAAUUGUAGCUUGAAGAUGCAAGAUGGGACACCCGAGAAUUUGAAGGAAUCAGAGAACCAAGGUGAAGGAUGUGAUGACACAAGGGCAGACUCAGCUUCCACCAGCCAGCGGGCCACUUACUAUUUAUGUUUUCCAGAGGAGGGUUUCUAUACCUCUGACCUUGUCUGGGGUAAAGUGAAAAGCCAUCCUUGGUGGCCAGGACAAAUUUUUGAUUUCUCUGGCGCUUCACAACUGGCUAUAAAAUACCAGAAGAAAGAUCAUUUUCUUGUAGCAUAUUUUGGGGACAAAACAUUUGCUUGGUGUGAAGAAUCACGUUUGAAGCCUUUUCAAUUGUUUUACUCUCAGAUGGAAAAGCAAACCAGUUCCGAUUCAUUCUUACAUGCUCUCUGUGACAUCUUGGCGGAAAUCUCUAGGCGUGUAGAAUUGUCGAUGAUCUGUUCGUGUCUUCCUGAAGAAACAUAUGCUGAUAUCAAGUACCAAAAAGUUGAAAAUGCUGGGGUGCAGGGUAAAAUUGUUGAUUCAGUUUUUGACAGGUGUGAGAUUGUCAAUUAUUUUCAUCCUGACCAAUUUCUUGAGUAUGUUAGAGCAUUAGCACAACUCCCAUUCGGAGGGGCGGAUAGAUUGGAGCUUGCAGUUGUUCAGGCUCAAUUAAAAGCCUUCUAUCUCUCGAGGGGAUAUACAGAACUUCCUGCUUUCACAAAUGGCAGUGGGUUGGUUGAGUAUGACUUUGAGACUCCUAUGAGCAAAAAGCUGAAUGAUGAUGAUUUAGAUCAUUCUGCAACCCUUUCGGAUUUGUUCUCUACCAAGGGUAAGUUGAAAAGCAGAGAUGGUUCACUUGGCAAUCAAAAGCAGAUUGUGGAGGAUGGCAGAAAACAAAAGAGCCUGUCUGAAUUGAUGGAAGAGAAAACAACCUUUCUUCUUGUAAACAGGCAUGAAAAUGCAUCUGAGGUGCAGGAAGAUGAGAACUGUGUUUCAUCUGGCAAUAAACGUAAGGCUUUUGAUUAUGUUUCCACUGAUAUCGGGAGAAGCAAGACAAAGAAAGUUGACUCUCAAGUGGAUGAAGAGACCAAGUUGCCAUCGCCAACGUCUAAUAGCUCUUUCAAAGUGGGGGCGUUCAUUAGCAGAGCUGCAAGUAAGCUGACAAGUGGUCAACCCAUUCGCAAAUGCCAUAGUGAAACAUCUGAGAGGGGUCUGUCAAAAACAGAUGAUUGGAGCGUUGAUUAUAUGGACCUUGAUGAUUUCUUUGAUGUUCCUUUUGAGUAUCCAAAGUUACAGAUAGACCUCUCUGUGGACUAUCCUCCAACGAAUGAAAUGCUGUAUAAACUUUGUUUAGCUGCAAGGAACCCUUUGAAGGGACAUAAUUUCUCGUCUACUGUUAUUAACUUCUUUUGCAUUUUCAGGAAUGUACAAGUUUCUAACACUUCUAUAGAGAAGAAUAAGACCGAGAAACCAAGAGCUAAAAGAGGGAGAAAGAAAAAGAUUAUUUUAGAUUUAGUGUCACCUGAUAUGUCUACUCCUGAUCAUAUGAAGGAUUCUUAUUGGUCUGAUAUGAUUAUACCUGAAAAGGAUGCGCCAUUGAAUCCUCCUAAAAGAAGAGGUAGGAAGAAGAGAAAAUUUACUGAGGAAUCAUCACCCUCAUCACUGAUCUUAAAUUCUCCAUCAGACUGUGAACCAAAAUUGCAUACUGGAGCAAUAUGUCCUCAUGUUAAACAUUUGUUGACCGCAGAAAGACCAAUUAUUAGUGUGGAAGAAAAAAUCAUUGAUGAGCGCACACCAACUGCUGUGAUUUUAUAUUUCAAUAGUUCAAAUUCUCUUCCUUCGGACUUGGAUCUUAUUCGAAUUUUUAGUCGUUAUGGGCCUCUAAAAGAAGAGGAAACAUUUAUUGAGAGGAAAAAUAACAGUGCUAUGGUGGUUUUUAAGAAACGCACUGAUGCAGAAAUGGCAUUUAGUGGCGCAGGCAAUUUUAGUACUUUUGGGCCAGCAUUACUCAGUUACCGACUCAGACAUUUUCCAUCCAAGUCUUCUCCGGUGAACCCAUUCAUUGGUGAAGAUGAUGCCACGUUAAUCAAUGAUGGCCCUCUUAGAAUUUCGGCUGAACCUGAAUUUAAUGGUGCCUCGGAUGGAAAUUUGUGUGAAGCUGUGAGCAAGGAAUCAUCUUUCUUUGUUCAAUCUCAAGGGCAUUUUGGAACCGUACCAGAGAUGCCAACAGUUCAAGAUUAUGCUGACAAUACCCAUGCUGAAAUUGGAGCUGCAGGAGAAUUUUCUGAGCUUGCUCAGUAUCAAGUUGGGGAUGUAGUAGUUUCGGACUCUGCGCCGACCAACACAGGAAGCGAAGAGCCGUUCCAAGAUGUUCCUGCUCCAAUGGAGACUGGUGCAGCUGCAGACCACCUGCUGCUUGAAUCUCUAGACCAAGAGUUUUCUUAUUUUGACCUGGAUCACGCAGAGGCUGGAGAUAUAUCAGGGACAGAAGUUGGAACUGAAAAGUCCCAUGGCCUUCUUCUCGAGACCACUGAAGUUUCCUUUUCAGUAAAUGAUCGAUCCUUACGCGAAGAAUCAUGUAAUCCUGCAACAGCUGGGGAAACUGCCAAACAAGUGGCAGCGACCGGAACAUCAGAGUCUGUUGCAGAACAACUGGAGAAUGGAACACUGCUGGAAACAGGCAUCCAAGUAGAUGCUGUUGAUAUUCCAGAUAAAUUCAACGUUGCUCCAGAUCAACCUGGAGAAAAGGAAUGCUCUGAUUCUCCUGCACCAGGUCAUACUGGUGCUGGAACAUCAGACCAAAGUUCAGUUACCAUAGAUGCUCAAUUAAUGGAGGCAGAUUCAAAUGCCGUGGAGGUAAGGGAAGCUACUACUUUAUCAGAUUCUACUCAGAUAGCGUUGGAGGGACGAGAUCCAUCUGCUGAGGCGCCUAUCCAUGUAACGGAACUCUGCAUCAGCGAGCAAAGAAUCAGUUGAAUCUUUAUUUGAAGUUUCUAACACCAAUGCCAAUGGCUACGCAUGAAGGCUAGAACAAAGAGAGAUCUGAUUCUGAUUUUAUAGAAAUGAGGUUGGAAAUGUGUGACAUGCUGAGAGAUUAUUGGCGGAGAAUCAAUCAUCUGGUAUUUAUUGCUGCACCCACACGAAGCCGAAGGCCCGGAAGAGCCGUUUUCUCUGGGAUUUUUGUCAAAUAUGGAUUGUCAUAUGGUGUUUCUCACUUCGAAUAUGCAGAUUAGGGGAAGAAAGGCGAAGUGUCAAGGCAGUGUUGCCGGUUGUAUAAUGUUUGGAAUAUGAUAAUUUCUGAUAUUUUGUAUGCUUCAUGGAUUAUUAAAUGCUUCAACCUUUGGAGCUGGGCCUGUUGCUUCCAUAUUCUGUAAAUUGUAUGUUUUAUCUUUGUCGAAUGCUCGUCUUGAUUAGCAUUCCAUCAGUCAAAA